AAAAUAAUUAGAACGCGCUCGACGAUUUCCCGGUAUUUGUGUAUUUUGAGGAAGUAGAGAAGCGAUGUCGUUGCGGACAUAGACUGAAAGGAAAAGUUAUUUAACAGUACUGCCUGGAGGACCACUGCCUGUCCCUCCUGUAACAGGAUGUUGCUGAGAAUACUGCUGGGCUUCCUGUGUGGUGUUAGCGCUUUGGCCACAGAAAACCACACGGCUCAGGAAGGUCCUCCGCCUCUGCUGCUGGUGUCGUUUGAUGGCUUCCGAGCGGACUACCUGCAGAGGUUUCCCAUGCCAAACCUGAAACUUCUGUACAGCCAGGGGGUCCUGGUGGACCAGCUCACCAACGUCUUUGUUACCAAGACGUUUCCCAACCAUUAUAGCCUGGUCACAGGGCUGUACGCUGAGUCUCACGGUAUCCUGGCCAGUUUUAUGUACGACCCUGUCAGCCACAAGCACUUCAGCCCCAGCAAUGACAGUGACCCGAUGUGGUGGAGCAACGCAGAGCCCCUCUGGCUCACGGCGCUGGACUCUGGGUACAAGACGGCGGCCGUAAUGUGGCCUGGCUCCGAUGUGACCAUCAGAAACCGCACAGCAACACACUUCCUUCCAUAUAACUCUAAUGUGACAUUCCAGCAACGACUGGAGAAAGUGAUCAACUGGAUCCUGGGAGAUGAAAAGGAGAAAGGAGUAAUGUUUGCAGCUCUCUACUGGGAGGAGCCAGACCGGUCAGGUCACUUGUAUGGCCCUGACAACGCCACAGCAAUGGGCAAAGCACUGAAAGAGGUUGAUGACAACAUUGGCCUGCUGAUGUCAGAGCUGAAGCGGACCGGCCUCUUUGGUCGCAUCAACGUCUUGGUAACCAGUGACCACGGCAUGGCUCAGUGCUCGGCCGAGCGCCUCAUACGCCUCGAUGACUGCCUCCACCCUGACAACUACACGCUGGUUGACCUCUCACCUGUCGCUGCCCUCAUCCCACAGACAGACCCAGAGACCAUCUACGCCCUGCUGAAUAAGUGCCACGCCCACAUGACAGCGUAUUUGAAAAAGGCCAUCCCUGAUAGGCUGCACUACAGGAACAACAAACUUAUCCAGCAAAUCAUACUGAUUGCAGACGAGGGCUGGACCAUAGUGCAGCGAGGGGACAAGCUGCCGAGAUUGGGCGAUCAUGGCUACGACAACUCCUUGUCCAGCAUGCAUCCCUUCCUGGCAGCGACCGGGCCCAGCUUCCGUCAGGGUUAUCGAACCAGCGUUUUACAGAGCGUGGACAUUUAUCCGCUUAUGUGCUACCUGCUGUCGGUGCCCGCGCGGCCCAACAACGGCACCCUGACCAAGGCUCGGUGCCUGCUGGCUGCUGAGACCUGCUGGGAUGUGCCCCUGAUGAUCGGCCUUGUAGUGGGCGUCCUACUUGUGCUCACUACUAUCACUGUUCUUUUCAGGUUUCUGAGCUCCCGCCGCUCGUCAGGCCCCCGGCCCUUCCAGAGGCUUCAGGUUGACGACUACGACGACGACGACCCCCUGUUGGAGUAAACCAGUCAUAGCCUGUCAGCACACACUAAUCCGUGUCCCCUGUUUGUGCUCCAAUAGGUACUUGACAUAUUGCACUUUACUCACUGGGGCCGUUGUCCUCAACAUGACACGUGUGUGUGCUGUAUGUAUAUACAUGCAGUGGAAAGAUGUGUUGUUUUGAAAGCCUUCAGGCCUGCUGGCAUCUGCAGUGGAGUUGUGCACUGGUGUAAAAACAGGCGUAUGAUAUGAUCGCUGUCACUGACUCUCCAUGUUGUUGCUGUUGUUCAAAGUCUUACUACGAUAGACUUGAAAAUGUGACAAUAAGCCAGUGGUGUUUUAUUGUGGAAUGUAAUUUGUUUUAAUGUUGAGUCUUUCGGGAGCAGGAUGAUGACAUUUUUUUAAGUUACUGAUUUAAGAGAUUGAUAUUUUUCUGCUGGAACUGGGUAGAACAAUGUAUUUUGUGUGUGGGGGGGGGGUGUUUGUGUACUUGUAGUGUUACUUUUCGUCAGCAGGGGGAGCCAGUCGCUCAUUUUAGAUUAUAAUGUAAGAUCUUGUGAUUCGUGGAGUGGAAAGCUUGAGAGCCUGUGUGCACUGUUAAUGAGUUGGUUUAUUCGUUCCGCUGAUACCUACCUACAGCUUACAGUGUCUGUUUGACUGAUAGAGAGACGAUAAGAGAAGGUAGAACGUUGACUGUUGGACACACACAACACAUUGUAAGUUAUUAUGUAAGUUCUUAAUCAGUUGCUCAGAACGCUGCUUUGUCACUUAAUGACAGCCAGCCCGGUGAUAUUUUCCUGUCCCUAACACGCCUGACCCAUAACCAAUGACUUACGAAUACAAAUCCAUUAUUUUUCCUUUAAAAGAAAACAGGAGUUACAGGAUUGUGAAACUCUGAUAUAAAUCCUACCAAAGACUAUUAUUAAAAUGCACAACAGUUGCUCCAAAGAGACCACAUAAGCAUCUGAAAAAAGAUAUGUAUUGUAUAGCAAAAUAUUAUUUAUUAACAUCAGGUAGAACACACUGGAUUUUUAAAAAAUGAUUGGUGAGUUGAAGCUCGACAAAAUGUUUUAGGAGAAAGUUUCAUAUUUAUGUGACGCUUACUAUGAAUAAAUCCCAUGAAGAGACCAAAGCCAACCUCGGAUAAAUGUAAGUUUUGCCUGUGUAUCAAAACCUGAUACAUCUAUUUUUUUGAUAAUGUAGAGCUUCGUUGUUGGCCAAAAACUGUUAAAAACACCAUCUGUUAUAAAUACUCAUCCGCGGCUGAAAGUAGUCCUAAAUACCCCUGUUCUCUCCUGUGUGAGAAAUGUCUUCUAAUGUCUUCUGAACCCCUUUUUUUUUUUUUUUAAUUUACAUCUGUAGGAACUGGUGCCAGCUGCAGGGUUGUGUUGUAGAAAAGUAUUGAGGGACAGAUUAAGAUCUUGUCAGGUUUGGCCUUUUCAUGGGAUUUUUUUUCUUGACAAUAACAAAACUGUAGAGUACUUUAAUGCAGUGCGUCUUGCAUGCGUCUCUGAUCAAGUAUCUGCAUGUUCACACAUUUAAAUGUGUGUUUAAGCACACUCCUUGCUACUGAACCAAGCAAAGAGGAGAAAUUCCACUUUGUCUUCCUCUUGACGUGUUCUGUUCUUUAUUCUGCGUAGAGCAUUUGUUUGGAUGUCAGUAUCCAGCAUUGCUUGUGAUGCCUUGAUAUAAUCACUGUUAACAAAUGAGAUUACAUGGAUAACUCACUCUGGUAGUUUUGUCUUUUCCGGCUCUGGUAAGUUUCCCCCUUCUUGAAGAGUAUAAACAUUUCAGAUAACAGUGGGCUUUUUCCCCCAUCUUCUUACUCUGUGUAUUAUAAUCUAAAACAAUCUAAAGCAGUGUAAACAGGCCAGUAGUAUUGCAUGAAAUGCAGGAUGCAAGUCUGAAGACAGUGGUCUCAUAUCUACGGUGUCAUAUUUGUGUUGUGAUGUUUAAAUACUCCCUGUAAGCUGCAUCUUUGCACUGUGUUACUGUUUCCAGACAAGUGUAAACUGUUACUAUGCAAAUCCUGCUUGGCUUGUAGAGAGGUACCCGUGGUUUAAUAUAAUUUUUAAUCCAAAUGAAGUUGAUUUGAAAAUCAGACAUUUUGCGUUGUGAUUCAAAAGACUGUAAAAACCAUUCACAUCACAUGGAAAGGAGAAGCGACACACAUUUGGAAAAAUUAAUUUAUGUUCCCUUAUAUUUUUUUUUUCUCCAUCGCAGUCACAACAUUACAAUGUAAUAAAAUGGUAAAUAUAUAAAAUCAAACUCAAUACUGACGCAUAUACAUUUCUGUAUUGUGUUCAAAACCAAAUAAACUACAUGUUUUUAUUUA